UUUUUCAGGAAAUGAAUUUAAAGAAAUUAGAAAUCCAGGAACUUGAACCGAAACGAGUCACGGUGGGGUGGACUGAAGGACCUACUCUCUUUAGGCUAGUGUGAAUGUUGGGCACGCGGAGCAGAAGGAGAGAACAUGUUGAUAAAGGAAUUUCGAAUCGUCUUGCCCAUUUCUGUUGAAGAGUACCAGGUGGGCCAGCUGUACUCCGUAGCGGAGGCCAGUAAGAAUGAGACGGGCGGUGGAGAAGGGGUGGAGGUCCUGAAAAACGAGCCCUACGAGAAGGAGGAUGGAGAGAAAGGACAGUACACACACAAGAUCUACCACUUGCAGAGUAAAGUGCCAACUUUUGUACGGUUACUGGCCCCUUCAUCUGCUCUGAGUAUCCAUGAGAAGGCCUGGAAUGCUUAUCCUUACUGUCGGACAGUUCUUACGAAUGAGUACAUGAAGGACAAUUUUCUAAUCAUGAUUGAGACGUGGCACAAGCCUGACCUCGGUGAUCAGGACAAUGUCCAUAAGCUUGACCCCGAACAGUGGAAGAAGGUUGAGGUGGUGCACAUCGACAUUGCUGACAGGUCUCAGGUGGACACUAAGGACUACAAACCAGAUGAGGAUCCAGCCACAUUUAAAUCACAGAAGACUAGUAGAGGGCCAUUAGGACCUGACUGGAAGAAAGAACUUCCUCAGAAGACCGACUGUCCUCAUAUGUGUGCCUAUAAACUAGUCACAGUCAAGUUCAAGUGGUUUGGCCUGCAGAAUAAAGUGGAGAAUUUCAUUCACAAGCAAGAGAAGCGCCUGUUCACCAACUUCCACAGGCAGCUCUUCUGCUGGUUAGACCGAUGGAUCGAUCUGACCAUGGAGGACAUCCGCCGCAUGGAGGAAGAGACACAGAAAGAACUUGAUAAUAUGAGAGUGAAGGAUCCAGUGAAAGGGAUGUCUGCUGCAGACGAAUGAGACACUGCAGCUGAAACUGUGUUGCAGCUGUUUGGCUUUGUCCUAGCAUUGGUGAGGAUCUCUGCGGCAUGUUGGGUCGCUCUCUCUCUCUCUCUUCAUGUUUCACUCCAGUAGAUUUGCUCUUUUUUUCACAUUUGCACCCAGGACAUCCCAUCCAGAGGUGUUUCCUACACUAAUAAAUAGCAACGUAUUAUUGUCAUUCGAUGUUUCUGCCCUAUGUCUAUUAAAAAUUGGAAGUGUCUCAUAAAUAUGUUUACCCAUCUUCUUUUUUUAAUUUUUUUACAAAUUUGACCGACCUCAGCACUCCUUUAAAUAACCCGUAUCACUAGCAUGUUAACAUGUUUACAUUUCUUUAGCAGACGUUUCCACCCUUGAUGUAUUUGCU